AUGCUCAACACUCGGUGGUCGCUCCCAGGACAAGCAGCCGCGCCGACGCCAUCUACCAAGCAAAAGACCGACUCCAAGCAGAAGGCCGAGGCCAUACACGAGAAAGUCGUCUACCCACGCGUCAUAGGAUUAAGGGACGCGGACUCAUGCAACAACGCGUCCAUGUCCUACGAGCACCUUCUCGAAUGCGGCCACCUCAUCACCACACCCACGCCUGAUGAGCGGUGCGCACCCAAUUGCUACUGUGUCGAGCACGGAUGGCACGAGAUUAACGGCGACGAGAAAAAGAAGGCGAAGAUGCUGCUGUUCUACUGCGACGCGUGCGCAGAGGAGGAGAACGAAAGGCUCGUGUCUGACACCUUGACAUCAACGGGGGCAGAGAACCUGCGUCGUACUCUUCGCGAAAAGGCAGCCAUCAAGCGCGAAAAGCAGACCAAGUUCCGCAAAUGCUACAUCGCACUCAAGAUCACCUCGGUGCCUUGCCACACCGACGGCGCACUACGCAAGAGUUAUACGCCGCGCAAGGAGCAUCAUCCUUUCGACAUCUCAAUCCCUCGAGUAGGCGACAACUUCUUCGAAGACAUCCUGGUGAACCCGGUGGAGAAAAUGAAGGCGCCUGGCAACAUUACCGCGACCGCGCCUGGAGAAGCAAACCACCCCGUCGUCGGCAGUAGCCCAGCCGAUCUCGGCGAAGCCGGUGCAAACUACCUGCGAUAUACGGCAGCGCAAUCCGCAGCACCCAAGGCCCUCAAAGCCAAGCCGAGCGCCUCCAACGCUAAGAAGAUCGCAUCGCUGUCUGCUCCCCGCGAGGCCGCUGCAGCAUCACUGGUGGUACCAAGUACCAAUGUCGCGCAGAAGAUAUCACCAAAGCAGUCACGCAAGAGGCCCAUCGUCAUCGACGACGAUGAGGAAUACGUGGACGCGCCGGAGAAAGAAGCAGAGGGCGUCAAGAGGACCAGGAAACGACAAAAGGCUACUUCGUUGCCGUUGUCACUGCCAGUUACCCCGAAGAGGAAGCCAGGGCGUCCUAAGGGAAGUGGGCGCAAGAAGAUGUGA